GCGUUUGGCUGUUGUAGUAUGUGUUUUUAGGUUGGUUUUCGAGGCUCACAGACGGGUGCUGGCCUGAUUGUGCUCUGACAGGCACGUGGGGCCCACUUAGGGUCUUUGCACGGAUGAUCAGAGCCCUUCAAUAAUUUUAAAAAAAGAAACUGAGUGGGCUCACGAGAAAUCAACUCAAUCCGAUAUGUGUAGGUAUUCGAUUCAAUCUUUCUAUUUUUGCCGAUUUUUCAAGACUAGGCUGUGGAAUGGUGUUUUUUUUACAUGAAUUUAGCCACAAUGAAGAAUUUUUGGGCUGGCGAAAGUCCAUAAUGCUAAGGGGAAAAAAAGAAGAAUAGAAAUAGGUCAUAUAUCCUACUAGUUAACAUCAAGAAGAGUUCCCAAGAAAUAGAUGGGUUAUCAAUAAGGCACGCAGUACCCAUGCAUAUAUGCAUGCAUGUUUCUGUUCGAUCUGCCUUUCAUUUUAUUUCUCCAAAUUCAUUUACUCUUUUUGAGAAUUCGAUCUUAACGACCGGAGUUGGAUAAAUAAGUGAUCAAAAUGGGGUCUCUAGUUUCUGAUGAUCGACUGGUGAAUGCUCAAAACUGUACACAAGAAAACGUGCGUGAGGGGCUCAAUUCGGCUGCUAUUGCCUGCGUCCUUAGUGCUGUGCCUACUUUUGCUGCUGUCAGGACAAUUCCAUGGGCAAAGGCCAAACUCAACUAUACUGGCCAAGCACUCAUCAUAUCCGGAGCAUCCAUUGCUUCUUACUUCGUUACUGCUGACAAAACCAUCUUAAAAGCGGCAAAGAAAAAUGCACGAUACGAGAGAAAAGAUUAAAGUUGGAUAUUCCAGAUAGAUAUUGUUCAUUUCUCCAAGUGAUAUAUGGGUCGAUCAGCUUCAUCAUUAAUGCUCUAAUCUUGAUAUGUGGAGCUAGCAUUUUAAGAGCUAGUACUUACUAAGAUGUAAUCUUAUUAAUUUGUUUACAAUUCCAGCGAGUAAUUUUCGCAAUCACAGUUUUGUAGGACAUUUUAUUUUCAUGGCAAAAAAAUAUAGACAGAGAGAUAUUUUGGUUUGCUUCUUUGGUUUGAGAUGAUCAACAACGUACUGAAAUCGCUGUUGGAGAAAGUCGCAUUUUUUAUUGGGCAAUGCGAGCAAG